AUGAGAGCCUUUACAGCAGCCACAAUGAGAGCCACCUCUAGGAAGUCGUUCGUCCAAGGGGGACCAAGAACUUCCUUGAUGACUUCUACGUUUUUAGGGAGAGCGACUCCACUUACAACGAUGAGAUACUAUUCCGAGGAAGCCAAGAAAGAAGAAGCCAAAGAAAACAACGAAAAUUUGACUGAAGAACAAUCUGAAAUCAAGAAAUUGGAGAGUCAGCUGGGUGUCAAGACAAAAGAGGCUUCUGAACUAAAGGACAGAUUGUUGAGAUCCGUCGCUGACUUCAGAAACUUGCAACAAGUCACCAAGAAAGAUAUUCAAAAAGCUAAAGAUUUUGCAUUACAGAAAUUUGCAAAGGACUUAUUAGAGUCCGUAGAUAACUUUGGCCAUGCUUUAAAUGCUUUCAAAGAGGAAGACUUGCAGAAAUCCAAAGAAAUUAGUGACUUGUACACUGGUGUCAGAAUGACAAGAGAUGUUUUCGAAAGUACCUUAAGAAAACACGGUAUUCAAAAAUUAGACCCAAUGGGAGAACAUUUUGACCCAAAUAAGCAUGAAGCGACAUUUGAGCUGCCACAACCUGAUAAAGAACCAGGUACUGUUUUUCACGUACAACAGUUAGGUUUCACUUUAAAUGACAGAGUCAUCAGACCGGCUAAGGUUGGCAUCGUCAAAGGCGAAGAAAACUAA